AACAAGCGUAUGGGGGCUGCUGCUGACGUCCCCUGCAGGUAUUGGGAGGGUAGUUCUUCUGUAAAACUUGUCUACUGUGUAAUCAAACGAAAAUGUCUUCGGUUGAGCAUCUGAGAGAGUUCGUCACCGAGCGACUGACGGCUGCUGCUGAAGAAAUAUUUGGAGUUUUAAAAAGAACUAUCGUCGAGUACGAGGACGAGAUAAAUCGUCAGCGCAGACGGUUGGAUCUUAUUUUGAAACCUGAAGUAAAAUUACACAGGAUUAAACAAAAGCUUCCACAGCAACAUGUCUGUAGGGAGGAAGAGGGUCAGAUUCAGAAGAGGAUCUCCAGUCUAGACCAGGAGGAGUCCGAGCCUCCCCAGAUUAAACAGGAACUGGAGGGACUCUGCACCAGUCAGGAAGGAGAGCAGCUCAUACCAAAGCAGGAGACUGAUGCCUUUAUGUUUACUCCCACUCAUGAGGAAAGUCAAAGGUACAAAGACCAGACUCUGAACUUUGAUCCUGAUGACACUCUCUGUGCAUCAGAGGAAGAGUCUUUAGUCAGCAUGCCAGUUAUAGCCUCUGUGGUGUCAGAAGCACACAGUGACCCACAGCUCCGCACUCACAACUCUCAGGAAGCUGAGAGCAAAAGCCAGAAAGGAGGCAAGCACGGAGAUUCAGGAUCAACUAGUAAAGCAGAGCCCGAACCGAAGAGAAGCAGCAGUCACAACAACAAUGUAAACAACCCUGAUUGGUUGAAGAUUCAACAUAUGACUGAAAAAGGUAAAAAGUCUUUUAAAUGUGACACAGGUGGGAAAGAUUUUAAGUGUAAUCCACAACUUCAGACACACAUGAGAGUCCACACAGGUGAGAAGCCGUUUCCCUGCAAAACAUGUGGCAAAGAUUUCAGUCUCAAAAGUGAAUUGACAGUCCACAUGAGAGCCCAUACAGGUGACAAGUUGUUUACAUGUGAAACAUGUGGAAAAGCUUUCAAACAACGUUGUAACUUUUCGACCCACCUGAGAAUCCACACAGGUGAGAAGCCGUAUUCUUGCAAAACAUGUGGCAAAGAUUUCAGACAUCAUGGUAACUUGAUGACCCACAUGAGGAACCACACAGGCGAGAGGCCGUAUUCUUGCAAAACAUGCGGAAAAGAUUUUACGACUACAAGUGCAUUAACAAUCCACAUGAGAACCCACACAGGCGAGAGGCCGUAUUCUUGCAAAACAUGCGGAAAAGAUUUUAAAACUACAAGUGCAUUUACAAUCCACAUGAGGACCCACACAGGCGAGAAGCCGUAUUCUUGCGAAACAUGCGGGAAACUGUUCAAAUUCCAUGGCGAUCUUACAGUCCACAUGAGGGCCCACACAGGCGAGAGGCCGUAUCCUUGCAAAAACUGUGGGAGAGCCUUCAGGAACAAUCGUGAAUUGACAAUCCACGUGAGAACCCACACUGGCGAGAAGCCGUACCACUGCGAGACCUGCAAGAAAAGAUUCAAUACCGUGUCCGAGAGGAAUAGGCACCUGAGAACCCACACAGGCGAGAAGCCGUAUCCUUGCAACACCUGCAGGAAAAGAUUCAAUAACGUUAAGAACAUGAAAACACACAUGAGAACCCACACUGGCGACAAGCCGUACCUCUGCGAGACCUGCAAGAAGAGCUUCAAUUCUGCAUCGGACUUGAAUAGGCACGCGUUGACCCACACUGCCGAAAGGCCGUACCCGUGCAAGACCUGCGGGCGAAGAUUCAGCAUCCUGUCGAACAUGAAAAGGCACAUGUUAACCCACUCGAGCAGCGACGGUUUGAGCACCCGUACCCAACAGUCACGGUGAAGGUUCUUGCGGGAGUUAGACGCAGAC